CAACUCCCAUAACGCAUCGAACACAUUUCCGGGUUUGACAUCACUUCCGCCUCUCUGCUGCAUUGUGGGAGCGGGAAAACGUUACAAAUACUCACGUUGCUGCUUCCGUUUGAAUCGGAAAGCAUAAAGGAUUCUUAUUUAUUACCAAACGAAUAAAGAUUUCCGUCAUGUCUAUCGGAGUCCCCAUUAAAGUUCUGCAUGAAGCCGAGGGUCACAUCGUCACCUGCGAGACCAACACCGGCGAGGUUUACAGAGGCAAGCUCAUCGAAGCAGAGGACAACAUGAACUGUCAGAUGUCCAACAUCACAGUGACGUAUCGUGACGGCCGGGUGGCGCAGCUGGAGCAGGUCUACAUCCGCGGCAGUAAGAUCCGCUUCCUCAUCCUGCCGGACAUGCUGAAGAACGCUCCCAUGCUGAAGAGCGUGAAGAAUAAGAACCAGGGAGCAGGAGCUGGCCGGGGCAAAGCCGCCAUUCUUAAAGCUCAAGUGGCUGCGAGAGGUCGAGGCCGGGGUGGACCGGGAGGACGAGGAAACAUCUUCCAGAAAAGGCGAUAGUUUGAUUCCAAGAACUCUCUGUACAGUUUUUUUUUUCGUGAUCUUUUUACAUUCAUGACCCACUUUAGGUUUGUUAAUUGACCUUUUUUUUUUAUUGGUUGUAGUAAUUGAACUGAUGAAUCCAUUUCUCACUGCUCUUGGAAAAAUAUAAGAAACAUGAUUGAAUGUGUAAUUAUUAUUGCACUGUAACGGUGUUUCACAUGGUGAGGAAUUCUAAGCUUGCUUCAGCGUGACUUUUUUUUUUGUAAAAUGAGUUGGAUUGGAAUACAGCACACUCUUAAUAAAGGUUUUACAGCUUAA